UUGAAUAAAAGAUUCCAUGCGGCCCCUCAUACAUGUUUGCACCUAAAAACGCAUAUAAAGUAAAUGGAAGGUAUAUGUCAAUCACAGAAACUAGGUUUCAUUUGAACUCAGACAGUGAUUUGUUUCGAAUUAUAGUCCUGUCUUAUAGUUUCCACCUGUGUGGCCCCUGAACGUUACGUGCCGGUGAGAAUGCAAACAAAUGACUGGUGUGUUACUGCACUUAUCGAACAUUAUUCACGCCAUUAUUCAUAACCCACAAGAACGGAAACUGGUGGUGAGUGUGUGUUUUUUCCCCUCUCUCUGUCUCCCCCUCUGUUUUCGUGGAGCACACCCCUCCUCCACCGCCUCCACCCGUGCACACUGCCGUUCCACCUUAAAUGGUGCACACAUUUCUAUCGGCCUGCCUUCUACAUCUGCCCAAUGAAUCAGGAGCGGAUGCGAUGUAUCCUUUUUCAGUGGAGUGAAUGGCCAAUGGGAGUUGGCUUGUCGAGCAAACACUGAGUCCUGAGUUCCCAUUCAUUCAGUGCUGAACAGUGAGAGAGGGAGAGAGAGAGAGAGAGAGAGAAAGAGAGAGAGAGAGCGCACCACGGUCUGUGACCCGACGAGGCUAUUUUUUUUGCGCAAGAUCUCCUGGUUCCACCGCAGGAGUCAGAACUGACGCACAGCUCUGCAGGAGGAACGCUUGGAUACUAAACACAGACGAAUACUCUACUUUAUUUCCCCAAGUUUACUGUUGUUUACCACAACUAUCCACACACGGGACUUGUGUGUAAAACGAUCGGCCUCCCCGCAAGUUGCGCAGACGUGCAGCAGUUCGUCCCUCAAUUCCGGAGCCUCCACGGUGGAUUUACUUUUUCAGGUCCAGGAGCCGAUACACGCGUCACAGAACCCGCGCUGAACUUAUUCGUUUCCAUCAAUUUUCCUUGUCAAGCAAGAGGGGAAUAACGCAAUCAAGUGGAUACAGGUCGCACUUGGAAUACUAGAACUGCGAAUAUUAUGCUUUAAAGCCAGCCGUUUACGCGUGUGGACAUUGCCCCACUUUCCUUCCCCCUGGUCUUUUCCUCUCGGAUUGGAUGGAGUUUUGCUAUCUUCGUUGAUGGAUUCAACGUUAUGGAUGCUUGCAUAUAGGUUUUCCGAUGCAUGCCAAGUCUACGGUGAAUGUCGGAAGUGGUGAUCCCCCCAGAUGGAGCUCCAAAGUCAACAUGGCCCCGGUGGUUCAUUAGUGGUGAUCCAGCAGCCUUCCCUAGAGAGCCGGCAAAGGUCGGAUUACGAGCGGGAGCUCCAGCAUGCCGCCAUACUCUCCCUGGACCAAAUCAAGGCCAUCCGCUCCAACAACGAGUACACCGAGGGGCCCUCAGUGGUACGGAGGCCCCCAGCGCCCCGUAUUGUCCCCAGGCCUCAGGACAAGCAGGAGAGAACUCACGAGGUCAUCCUCGUCAAUGUGAACAACAAUUACGAGCACCGACCGUCAGGUCACCACCACCACCAUCAUGUUGGAGGUGGUAUGGUGGUUGUGGGACAGCAGUAUGGAGGGUCCAGAGCACCGGGCCUCAGCCGCUCCACUAGCACAGGAAGUGCAGCCAGUUCAGGGAGCAACAGCAGUGCCUCCUCCGAGCAGGGACUUUUGGCACGCUCGCCCCCCACCAGGCCCAGCAUGAGCUUACAGCAACACCGUCGUGCAGAGCGGCCUGUCAGGACUCAGCCCAAGCCCAAGGCCCUUUUACAGCCCCAGCAGGGACCUCACUUUCACCAGCCUCCGCCGGAGGCUCCGCUUAAACCCCAGGGCAAAGGGAAAUCAGACUUUUCUGUCAGUGGAAAUGGAGUCGUGGCCACUGACGGACACCAGUUCAUCUGUGAGUGCUGUGGGAAGUGCAAGUGCAGUGAGUGCACGGCUCCCAGGAGCCUGCCCUCAUGUCUGGCAUGCAACGGUCAGUGCCUGUGCUCAGCAGAGAGCGCACUGGAACACGGCACGUGCAUGUGCCUAGUUAAGGGCAUCUUCUACCACUGCUCCAAUGACGAUGAGGGGGACUCAUGCGCUGACCACCCCUGCUCGGUGUCACGCUCCCACUGCUGCUCUCGUUUCCUGUGCAUGGGAUUAAUGUCGGUACUCUUCCCCUGUCUCCUAUGCUACCUGCCCGUCAAAGGGUGUUUGAAGGCAUGCCAGGGCUGCUACGACCGGGUAAACAGACCUGGCUGUCGCUGCAAGAACUCCAACACUGUCUAUUGCAAACUGGAGAGCUGGGACCGACAGAACCAGGAAAAACCUUCCUGAUCGAACCCCCUGUGUGUUUGUGAUUGUGUGUGCAAGGGAGACUUUUGAUGUGGAUUUUAAUGCUGACAUUGAUAAUGAUGAAAAUAGUCACAAAUUAAUGUUAUCAGAACAUUCUUAGCACCUCCCAGCCGCCUCCCCUUCCUCCUCCUCACUGCAAAACCCUACAGAGCUAAGCAAAGGAGUAACGAAAACCACUCGAUUUAUUUUCUCUGGAUCAGGACCAUGUUUUUACAGACCAGUGUUUGCCUUAACUGUUUCUAUGUCUAUCCUCAGCUCCUCAUUAACACUAUUUUUUUAUAUAUAUAUAUGAAAAUGAGAAAGUUUAUCUUCCGUUUUAGGUAGGCGGGUUCCUCUGGGCUCUGUGCGCCAGGUGUGAAACCGCCUCUCACCAAAUCUGUGAAGGACGAUCUGCUAUAGGGCAAUUAUGUAGCUGUUACCUGGUAUUCAUAGCAAACAGGUAUGUUUGAAUUAUUGGUUGCUACCACACACAAACCGUGGUUCCUAUGCUUGUGUUGCAUUAACAAAAGCACAUCCAUCUCAUAGUAUUUCCUCCCACUUGGAUAUGUUUCUCUACUUCCACCCAUCGGAACUCGGAAAUCUACGUACAGAACAUACACAUUCUGUGGCAUUUUCCCAGUUUCCCAUUUUGUCUUCUUUUGUUUCUGUGUAAAAUGUAUGCUCAAAAAUCCGUAAGAGGAAUCCUGGCUAUUUUUUAAGAAAAGAAAAAAAUGUCUGUUAAAACAUUUUUUGUUGUAAAAAAUAUUUAUUAUGUGAAGCUCUAUUAUUUUAUGAUAUUUAUUGCAAGAGACAGUCUUAAAUUUACUCAUGUCUGAAUAUAACAAGAAAUAUCAAAUACUUACUGAAAAAUUAAAGGGUGGCACAAAAGAAAAAAACUAUGUUAACUUUAAUGCAGAAAAUAUAUUAAUUAAUGAAAAAA